CAAAUUCAAAACGCAUCCAGCGCCUUUCGCCGUUUCAUAACUACUGCACUUCAUGUCAACCAGUGGGAAUGGAACUCGACUGUGGGAGCGCAAAAGGAGGAGGUCAAUAAAUUAUGUUAAUCAGCGGGGACAGAUCGGAGGCGUGUUGUUGCCUUAAUGAGGGGGAGCGUGGCUGCACCGUGGAAAAAGCUGCGAGCGGCAACGCUGCGUGCGCCACAUGCGCGCUGCCUUCCGUGCGUCCAGUGCCUCCGUCCACGUUCACUGCGCGUCACAGCCGUUCCCCGCGCGAGGCUCGCGGCAACAAGUUUGCAGGAGCCCGUAGCCGCCGUCAGACAGGUUGAGUCGCGUUGGCUGGAGCGCUCCCAUCAGAACCAGAACCAGAACCAGCGCUCCCGCCGCAAAGCCACUGUGCGUGAGCGCCGCGUCGCAGCCACACGCUCGCGCGCAACGGUGCGCCACACGCUCGUGACUCGGCGCCAGAUGCAGUUCGCUCCCAGCGGCGCGCGCACUUGUAGAUAAAUGGACACCGCGGAGGCGAGAGGAGCGUCUAAGUGCGUGGAAAACAUGGAGAAACAAGCGGCGCCGCACCGGCGACAGCACUGCCGCACCACGGCGCUGAACGUCAUCUCGUCCCUGUGCUCGGUGGCGUCUCUCGCCUUUUGCGUCCACCUCGGCGUGUACACCGCUGACAUCCAGACCCGCGUGGCGGAUUUGGAGAGCGUGCGGGCAGAGCGCGGCUUCGCACGCGCGCCCGGCUUCUCCACGGAGGACGUCAACGCGCUGAUUGAACAGCGACUGGACGAGCUGCUCUCCCAGCGCUCCUAUGAACACCUAGUGAAGAUCCGCACCGCCAGGCAGGCGUCCCCUGAAUGCAACUGUCCUCCUGGACCUCCCGGAAAGCGAGGAAGACGAGGCCGCGAUGGAGAGCCUGGACCUCCUGGCCCCCCAGGCCCCCAGGGUGAAAAGGGGGAUCAAGGCGACCAGGGACCGCGGGGAUUGCCUGGUCUCCCUACACUGGCUGCUUUGCACAGCAAUCAGAUCCUGACUGUCAAGGGAGAUCAGGGGCAAGCAGGGCCGCCGGGGCCCCCGGGGCCGCCGGGCCCUCCCGGGCCGAGGGGGCCGCCGGGGGACACAGGAAAGGACGGGCCCCGCGGCGUACCUGGUCUGCCGGGUGAUUCAGGGCAGCCGGGAGAGUCGGGACCCAUGGGGCCUGAGGGGCCACAGGGGCCAAAGGGUUCACUGGGGCCUCCUGGCAUCUCGGGCGUUGAUGGACACAAGGGGGAUGUUGGCAUCCCAGGACUGGACGGUGUCCCCGGAGCCAAGGGUGAAAUGGGAGCUCGGGGUGAAAAGGGCGACAUGGGCGAAGAAGGACCCAAAGGUGAAAUGGGAGAGAAGGGAGAUGCCGGCUCCUCGGCAGCAGGCAUCAAGGGUGAACCUGGAGAACCUGGACGUAGUGGACAGAAGGGAGAGCCAGGACUUCCAGGGCUGCCUGGACUCCCAGGGAUAAAGGGGGAGCCUGGAUUCCUCGGCCCCCAGGGAGAGCCAGGGCUUCCCGGGCUCCCAGGAACCAAGGGCGAGAGAGGCGACCACGGGCCUCCAGGGAAGGGCGAACGAGGAGACGUCGGACCCGUCGGGUUAAAGGGUUCACCAGGGGAGGCUGGCGCUCCGGGUCCUAAGGGGUCAAAGGGGGAGACUGGAGAUAAGGGGGAUUUGGGCUCCAUUGGACCAAAGGGCCCCCCAGGACAGAAGGGAGAUCAGGGAUCCACUGAAAUCAUCGACUACAACGGGAACAUCCAGGAGGCUUUACAGAAGAUUACCACUAUUACAGUAACGGGUCCUCCUGGGCCUCCUGGACCCCUUGGACCUCCAGGUAUAAAGGGGGAUCGCGGGAUGCCUGGUCUCCCUGGCCUCGACGGAGAAAGAGGCUACAAAGGUUCAAAGGGAGACAUGGGAAUGCCAGGAGCUUCAGGGGAUAAAGGAGCAACUGGUUUGCCUGGGCUUCCUGGCGUCAAUGGGGGCAAAGGCGAUAAGGGAGAUCCAGGCCUCCCUGGUCCUCAAGGUUCUUCAAUCAUUGGCCCUCCGGGACCACCGGGGCCCCAUGGAUCACCAGGACCCAUGGGACCUCAUGGUUUCCCUGGACCAAAGGGUGAACCUGGACUGCAUGGACUGAAAGGUAUGCGAGGAGAACCAGGACACAAAGGGGACCGCGGACCUCUGGGUCUCCCCGGAGCCUCCGGCUUGGACGGCAAGCCUGGAAUCAGGGGCAUGGAUGGGCCCUCUGGUCCAGCUGGCCCAGCUGGGCCGAAGGGUGACAUAGGGGAGAAGGGAUCGCCAGGCGAGGCUGGACCAAGAGGCCCGUACGGACUACCUGGAGCUGCUGGGACACCAGGCUUGGAUGGUUUGCCAGGAUUAAGGGGAGAGAAGGGCGACGUUGGGGAAAGAGGAGAAAAGGGGGAGAAGGGAAAGAAGGGCAAAAAAGGGCCUAAGGGCGAGAAAGGAGAACAGGGUGCCCCAGGAUUAGAUGCACCCUGCCCAUUGGGUCCAGACGGGUUGCCCAUGCCUGGGUGCUGGCAGAAGGGAGUCACACCGUGGCUGGUGGCCUGAGCGUCCCCUCACACCCAGCUGGUGCUCACUCUUGCUUUAUUGUGGUGAUGCCUGCAGACGGUUGACGCCAGCAGGCUCUCACCGGCUCGCUGUUAGCAGCGGCGGUCGCUGCGCUGCGUCCAGAACCUGGCGGCUCGUGUCGCUGGCCCGGCUCACGGGGAUCCGUUGAGAAUGGAGAAACGGAUCUGCGAGCGAGCGGGUGGUCUCCAUCGAGAUCAGCUGGAAAGGCGACGCCGAGAGCGUCAACAGAACGAUAUCACCUUCUUUCUUUCUGAUGUUUUCUUUCUGCUCUCAUUCUUAAACAUUGUGUAUUUGUGUAUUGUUUGUGUAUAAUAGCCUUUGGUGCCUCAAGCUUUUAUUCAUUCCUUUGUCAGAAAUGUACAACUUUACAUCAUAUUUUUAAUUACACGAAUGGUUUUAUUUCAGAGGGGGUAAAGGUGUUGUGAGGUGGUUGAAGGGGAAAACACUGAGCACUGGUCUUCAUGCAGAUUGGUUUUCCGGCGUGUGGGUUGUAGCUUUCAAAGACAAACUCUGCUCCCUCUUCAUUCUGGACUUGUUGUGUGGGACGUUAUUUGUACAGUGUUGUCAGUACACUGCAUGUGCACAGUUCUUGACGUACGGAUUUCUUAAAUGUUGAAAAUGCAUUUUUUCGCGGGAACGUGCAGCUUCUGUUCUGCGCAGGGUUCGAUCAGCAUACGCGGGAAAGUCGCUGGCUUCACAGGCGUCAAGCAAUUGUCUUAAACACCCAGAUAUCAUUAAAGCUGAAUCGGACAGUGGAUGAACCAUAAGCUAACUAGUGGCCAGUUAUGUCACAUUCCAUUAGCACAUGGAGCAAAACGACCUGAAAUCACUAGGUUCAUUCAUCAUCUUUCCUGUGUUCAUGCAUUUGAAUUGCCUUCAGGCAUCCAACGCGUCGUUGUGAUGUAGCUGCAGCCACAGUGGAGUCCAGACGUCGUUUAACUCUUAUUUCCAUAAGUUUUUACGUUUGAUUGUACAGCUCAUCUCAUCGUUAUAAAGAAUGGAUGCACGUCUGUAUGCAGUGUUCAAUGGUGCUCGGUUGAUGCUUUCUACCAGCGGCCACAACUCAAACAACAGCUUUCUUUAUUGUUGCUUGGGGUUUCACGUAUGUAACAACUGAAAGUUAUUUUUGUGCAUAUAUUUUCUCCAGUAUUUUAAGUGACAUUAUUUAUUUUUCCAGCGUUUCUUAAGUGAAGGCAUUUCGGGUCUGAGCAGCAUUCCUUUCUCGGGGUUCUGGCUUCUCGUGUCGGACGUGAAUAAUCGUGUUACUUACGUAGAACACACUUGUUUCAUGAUACGACACCGACGGCCUGAGCCAAUGCAGCGUCGCACGGUUCAGCAUCGCAGCUUUCUCUUUUCUUUCUCUCUUUGCAUUGAAUGUAGUUUGAUAUAUGUAUAGUGGAUUAUUAAUGUACUGUUAAAAUGUGUGCUCAUUUGACAAGAAGUGCAAUUUAUCCUGUUGGUUAAUGUGUGUAGCAUCAAAUGCAGCGGAGGCGUCACACGUGUGACUCGUGUAGCUCCAUUUGUUAGCCGUGCUACGCUGUGAACCACUACCACAAGUCAGACACAUAUGAAACAGGCCUUUCAUCAAAUCUCACACAAUCUCACAUUGUGAAGUGUUUUACUAUGUUUUUCCAGCCUUUGUUACAGAACGGUUCUGUCGAGGUGCUGUGUCUUUAGCAUGUGCAGCUAUGUUUUUUUUAAACCGGUUUUUCCGUUUGAUUUGUUUUGGUGGUUGUGUUUUCCUAUUGUUUCAAAUUUAGUUUAUUUGUGCCAAAACUAUUCAAAGGUUUAUUUUCAUAAAAGUAUGAGCGUUGAGGAGGAGCUACACAUUCACAGCAUUUGACUCAUCAAAGCGGUUCAGAAUAAACGCACUGGUUUAGCGUAGCUAGAUGUUCCCUCCGAUGCACUGCAGCCUUACGGAAAAAAGAAAUAAUCCAAAAUAACAUGCAGACAGGAGCAAAAUGCUGAGUCAGCUUUGAGACUUAUUAAGUAUUUGAGUUCAUAUAUGAGUUCAUACUGGGUUAUUUGGUUGUGGUAAGCUUUAUGUUCACUGUGUGCAUUCGUAUUAUUAUUUUUUUACCCUCUUGAUUGACACUUCUUUGAAAACCCUUGUGUUCACACACUAUGUUUCAUAUGACUGUACUGUUGGAGCCAAAUAAACACAGUCUUUCAAAUACACCA